UGGUCUUACAUUUAUAGUAAAUUUAAAAUCUUUGGGCUUUAAACUGUUGCCUCGACAAAAUAAAACAUUUGAUGAAGUCACCUUGUUCUCGAAGAGUGUGAUGGAGUUCACUUGUGUUUUAUAGACUAAACCUUUAAUCGAGAAAGUAAUGGACAGAUUAAUUGUUAACAGAAACAAUCGCUGCAGCCCUAAUGUGAGUUCAACAGCGAGUUAUCCGUUGCUAUAAAAUACCCCUUCAACUUGUGAUUAGUUUUGCUGUAGUGUCUCCCAGAGGGACGCUUGUCAAAUUCAUUAAUCUAUUACUCAAUAUGAAAGAUGACCAAUAGUUUGAUGCAUUGUCUUCUCGGUUUGAUCCAUAAUGUAUCAGACAGUAGCCUGAUAUUUUGCCUAUUAUUUAACUGAGUCAGGAUUUCACACUUUUAAUCAACUACAGAAAAUGACAAACAAUUCCGAUAACAGAAUAAUCAUUUCAUUAAUCAUUAACCAUUAAUCAAGUCAUUUAUCAAGCACAAAUGCCAAACAUUUAAUAAUCAGUUAUGAUGGAGCCACUUUUUCCACUCUAGAUGUCCAGAAGUUUGAUAAUAGAAGUCCCUUCCUUCAGCCAUUCCUCCUCCUUGACCCUUCUGCUCCUGGUAGGAAAGGAGGAGGGAUAAAGCUGUGGUCGGAGCGGGCAUUGGAGGCACAGCAGCAGCCUAUUUCCUGAGGCAGGAGUUUGGAGCCGGGGUGAAGAUCGACGUGUUUGAAUCUGGGACCGUUGGUGGGCGACUAGCGACAGUGAAGAUCGGGGAUUAUGAGUAUGAGACGGGAGGCUCAAUGAUCCAUCCUCUGAACCUACACAUGAAGCACUUCAUUGAAAAAUUAGGUAUUCCUCCAAGGAAAGAAGUCUCCUCUAAAAUGGCAAUCUUUGAUGGAAAGGAGCUCAUGUUUGAAGAGAGUGACUGGUUUAUAGUCAAUGUCUUUCGCAUGCUCUGGCGAUACGGGUUCAACUUUCUUCGAAUGCAGAUGUGGGUGGAGAGUGUUCUCGACAAAUUUAUGAGGAUCUACCAGUAUCAGCAGUAUGGCUACUCGUUCUCCAGUGUGAAGACGCUCUUGCACGCAAUGGGCGGCGACGGUUUUCUUGCCCUGAUGAAUCAGACUCUGGAGGAAACCAUGAUAGGCGAAGGAUUUUCACAGAUCUUCCUCAACGAUAUUGUCGCACCCAUCACUCGUGCCAACUAUGGUCAGAGUGUCCGCAUCCAUGGCUUUGUGGGGGCCGUGUCAUUAGCAGGAGCAGAUUCGGGCCUGUGGGCAGUGGAUGGAGGCAAUAAGAGAGUUUGCUCAGGACUGCUAUACAACAGUAAAAGUGAGCUCAUCCCUGCCAGAGUGACUUCCAUUGCAGUCAGGGUUCGACCUUCCAAGAAAGGCACCACAGCCAGUUUCUACGAGGUCAGUUACGUUGGGGAAUCAGGUUCAGCGCACUCUCUCUAUGACAUAGUGGUAAUAGCAACGCCACUUCACCAGGGAAAAUAUGACAUCACCUUCUCAGGCUUCUCCCCUCCGAUCCCGUCUCACUACCCUGGCCACUACCACCAGACGGUGUCAACCGUGGUCCACGGCUUGCUUAAUACGUCCUACCUCGGGACCGCGGAGCCGGCCUCAGAGUUCACCGUGUCUGAUGUCCUCACCACUGACUCGAAGGGCUCCGUCAUCAGCAGCCUGAUCUCUCUCAACCCCGUGCACAUCCCUGCGGGUUACACACAGCCCCCCGCCAGCCAAGCGAAAGUCUGGAAGGUUUCCUCCUCACAGCCGCUGUCUCAAGAGCAGCUGCAGAACAUGUUCCUCUCCUGGGAUUCGGUCUCUGAGACUCGGUGGCUGGCUUAUCCUGCGUACCGCUCACCGCAUCGUAAGACCCCUCCCUUCAUCCUGCACAACCGACUUUACUACCUCAAUGCUGUGGAGUGGGCAGCUAGCGCCAUGGAGAUGAGCGCCAUUUCUGCCAGGAACGUGGCCCUGCUGGCCCACCAUCGCUGGCACGGCCAGGUCGGCAAGAUCGACCAGGAGGACCUGCACACCCGACUAAGAGGGGAACUCUGAAAAAAGAGAACUACUUGAGAUGCGAGCCAAAAGCAAUAAAAUACUAUCAAUCAAGUACAGUAUAUACUUAUACAGAUGGUGUUGGGCAUGCCUGCCGCACUGUAAUAACUCUCCAGUCAGGGUAAAACCUAACUCUCUUUCAGGUACCUGCGAUGCUCUGGGCUCUUUAAACUCUUUAAACUGGGUCUUAUUUUUGCAGUUUUGGCCAUCAUUUCUAUCGGUCAGGUAACAGUGUACUCCCCAAAGUAACUGCUGAAACCUGGGAACACCGUGCCAUUAGAGCUGAUACGUUAGUUGAUUAAACGAUUGGUCCAUCAAAAGAAAAUGAAUCUGCAACUAUUCUGAUAAUUGAUUAAUCAUUUCAGUCAGGCUUCAAACAAAGAUGCCAUAUAUUCAAUGGUUUCAGCUUCUUAAAUGGUAGAUUUUCCUACUUAUCAUUGUCUUACUUUAUAGUAAAGUGAAAAGCUUUGGGUUAUAGACUGUUCUUUGGACAAAGCAAGACUGUUUUUCUUCUCUCUUGUAGACCAAUCAAUAAAUUGAGAAUACUAUCUGAAGAUCAAUCAAAAACCAAUAUAAGCGUUAGUGGCAGGCCUAAGGGACAUUGCUGCAUAGUCUGACAGGGCAACGAACACGAGCAGUCAAACAAUCAGAUUGUUUUAAACACAUCCAACAGUUUAACCGGAUUUUCUGGAUAAAACCACACAAAACUUGAAAUAUGGCAUGUUAAACCUGAACCAGGAAGUCAUGUAAACCGACAGUUUGCGUCAUAAUUUUACUCAUCCAAAUAAGUCUGGCUAACCCAGGUCUGGUUUAUCUACUCAUGUUUCUUGCCUCUAUCUGAAUUCUUUUUCUUUAGCACUGUCCCACCUUUCCAAGUCUCAGCAGUUAACUUGUUGAGUACAAUGUUAAUAUUACAAUGUUGGCCAAAACUAAGAAGAAAAAGACCAACGUUGUAAUAAACGGGAAAUGAUCCUUUAAUCACUCUAACAGUGGCUGCAGUUCAUCGCUAUCAGUGUUGAAACCUGAAGGCAUCACCAGCAGCAGCAGCACAAAUCACACUAAAUGGUGGAACUACAUUGAACUGUGCUGAAUUUUGUAAUCACUGUGAACCAUGCUGCACUGCAGGGUAGACAUAUUGUCUAGAAGAGUGUCUUGAACAAAUUUUUAUAUUUUAUUUUAUUUUUUAUUUAAUGUGCAUCCCCGCUGUUAUACGGUACAGCUAACAUUUAAGAAAUCAGCCUGUUGGUGCCACGCAAACCUACCAUUGAUACCCUUUAGCCAAAUUCUUGCAUAGUGUUCAUUAAUGCAAUGAUGUCCCUUUAAUGGGGGAUUUGUGUGUCUUUUUAAUGAUUUCCUCAGUCUCUCUACCUCCUCAGCAAAUUAUUGCAUAUUUUGUUAGCACAGGCAGCUGUCAGCAAGAGAGUUGUGCCACCAAGAAGUUUUUUUUGUUUGUUUUUUUUUUUUUUGUAAAUUGGAUGAUAUGGAUGUUAUAAAAAGUAUUAACAAAUUAAUCUAUUUUCUUACUAUUUAAAUAGACUGAUAAUAUGUAAUAAUGUUGCAGAGAGUCUAAUCAGAUUGAACAUUUAAAACUAUUUAGGUGCCUUAAAGCUCUCAAAAUAAUUGGCUUAUGUGUUUAUCUCCCAGUAAUUUUAGAAAUCAUUUGGGUUUUCCAACAUCAUUUUUAAUGGAGUGAAAAUUGCCACCAGUCUUACCACCAGGACCAAACUGCAUUGAGGCUGAUGCAGUCCUGUAUUUCGUUGUAACAAAUUAAGGCAUAUUCUGUCACUGAAAGACACUGGACCUACCUGGACCACUUUCAAGUUCUUUAGCUACUUUGGGAAGACCACCACGGUUUGCAGAUUGUUUCUUAAGCACUUUUAGAGGUGUAUUUUUCUAGAUUUUUGAAAAAGGUUCUGCGGUUUUGAGUAUGUGUCGACACAUACUAUGCCUAGAAUAUUAAUCGUGCACUUUAAUUGAUAGAAAAGCUUCAGUUUUACACUGAAGUCCAUUUGCAAAUGCCACAACAACAACAACGAUGUUCAGUAUCUACACUGGAUUCUUCUGCACAAAUAAAAUGAAACCUUUACUUAAAAAUUGUUUUUAUUUCAAACAAUACUGAAUACCUCCCAGACCAUACUGUAUGUUUUGAAAGUGUUUAAAUCACAAUAAAGUGAUGAGACCCUG